AUGAAUUUUCGAAGCGAGCCAUUAAAGUUAUGUCAAUUAAUUGUACAGAGAGAUGCUGCUUAUGCCUGUGUUGUGGAACUUGGAAAAUAUUCUCUCGUUCAAUUCAAAGAUCUUAAUCAUCAACUCACAACUUUCCAACGAACCUAUGUCCGAGAGGUUAGACGUUGUGCUGAAAUUGAACGUUCUCUUCGUUAUCUAGAAAAUGAAGUUUUGGAAGGUGGUGCAACUGAUCACAUUCCUAAUCUUGACAUUUCAAAUGCAGAUGUGACACCAAUGCGUGAUAUUUAUGUUUUGGAGGCUAAACUUUUUGAAUUUGAACGAGACUUUCGUCAAUUCCUUACAAAUGAGGCACAGCUUAAAAGGAAUUACAACGAUCUAAAACAAAGCAAAUGUGUUUAUGAGAAGGUCGAAGCAUUUUUUAAAGUGCAUAUUGAAAAUACAGCAAAAACGGAAUUGGAAAGUGAACAGGAAGAGAAAAAUGAUUUGGGAAUGCCUUUAAAACCUUUAUUAGAACAUGGACACCCAGAAACUCCAUGGUUUGUUGCUGGUACAGUAGAAACUCAAAAAAGGCAUUCUUUUGAACGUGUCCUCUGGCGAGCAUGUCGACGUACAGCCUUUGUGAGAACUGCUGAAAUUGAUGCUGAUUUUCAAGAUCCUGAUACUGGCAAAUUUACGCGCAAAUCUGUUUUUAUAAUAUUUUUCAAUGGAAGCAAAUUACAGGAUAUAAUUAACAGAGUUUGUGAUGGUUUCAAUGCCAAACAAGUUCCUUGCCCUAGAACUUCAAAAGAAAGACAAUUAGCACUUGCUGAAAUUCUUAUUCGACUUCAUGAUCUCGAUUUAGUAAUACAAACAACAGAUAAACACAAAAUGGAGUUAUUGAGAAGUGUUGCUUUUGAAUUACCAGAAUGGACACGUCAAAUACAUUUACAAAAAUAUAUUUUUCAUACACUCAAUUGUUUUACUUUUGAUACGAGUGGAAAUUUUUUUGUAGCUGAAUGUUGGAUUCUUGAAAGGGAAAUGGAUACAGUUUUACAAAUUUUGCAUCGUGCUGUGGAUAGAGCAGGCUAUACAAUUCGUCCAAUAAUUAAUGUAUUAGAAACAAGUGAAAUGCACCCAACAUAUAACAAAACUAACAAAUUUACUCAAAUUUUUCAAAAUAUUGUAGAUUCUUAUGGAAUUGCUUCUUAUAGAGAAAUAAAUCCAGCACCAUUCUCGAUCAUUACAUUCCCUUUCUUCUUCGGCAUAAUGUUUGGAGAUUUUGGACAUGGACUAUUGUUGUUUCUUGCAGGAAUUACUCUUAUACUUUCAGAAAAAAGAAUAAUAGGAAUGAGAAUUAAAGAAGAGAUAUUCAACACUUUCUUUGCUGGCCGUUUUAUAAUUAUGAUGAUGGGUGUUUUUUCAAUGUAUACAGGUUUAAUAUACAACGAUACAUUCUCCAAAUCGUUUAACAUUUUUGGAUCAAAAUGGCGAAAUCCGUUCAACCAUACAGAAUUAAUAGGCCUACAAAAAAUGGCAUUAUCAAUUAGAAAAAAAGCUUCUUUAAUAUUUGACCCAAAUGAUGCUUUUUUGGGAGAGGAAGGUCCUUAUUUGCUUGGAAUGGAUCCAAUCUGGAAUUUGGCAGAUAAUAGAUUAAAUUUUAUCAAUUCAAUGAAGAUGAAAAUGUCUGUAAUUUUUGGCAUUACUCAAAUGGCUUUUGGUUUAAUUCUUUCAUUAUUAAAUGCUAGUUUCUUUCGCUCUGCCAUAAACUUGUGGACAAUAGCAGUACCUUCACUAAUCUUUCUGUCUUCUAUUUUUGUUUACCUCUGUGUAUUAAUUAUUCUAAAAUGGGUGUUUUUCUCAACAAAACCAUCAAUUGUUUUUGGCUUUUUUCAUUGUGCACCUUCACUUCUAAUUGGGCUUAUUAAUAUGUUUAUGUACAAAUCAAGACAAGAAGGGUUUCUUAAACCAAAUAGUACAGAAGAAUAUCCAAACUGUCAUCUUUCUACUUGGUAUCCUGAACAGGCAACAAUAGAAGCUAUUUUAGUUGGUAUUGCAAUUCUUUGUAUGCCUAUAAUGCUAUUUUCGAAGCCGAUAGCUCGAGUUAUUCGUGAAAAAACACAACCUGCUGGCAAUAAAGGAAGAAAGGAAACUCGAAAAAAUAGAUCUAAAAAUAUUUCAGUCAGAAUAAAGAUGGAUUCAGAAGUAGCAGAAUUAAUAACAAAUACUCAAAGUAUUACAAACUUGAAGGAAGGUGAUUCUGAAAAGAAUCCAAUUAAAGAGGAUAUUAUUGCUUAUAAUGCAGAAGAUCAAAUGUCAUUAACUGAUUUAUCAGUUCAUCAAGCAAUUCACACAAUAGAAUUUUGUUUGGGUUGUAUUUCACACACAUCCUCAUAUCUUCGUUUAUGGGCUUUGUCGCUGGCACAUGCACAAUUGUCAGAAGUACUUUGGCAUAUGGUUCUCAUGCCCUCUUUUCAUACCUCAGGUACGCUGGCACCUCUCCAUAUUUUUAUCUCAUUCUUUUGUUUCUUCGUUCUUACUGUUGUUAUACUUGUUAUUAUGGAAGGAUUAAGUGCUUUUCUACAUGUACUUCGGUUACAUUGGGUUGAAUUCCAAAGCAAAUUCUACGAAGGAGCUGGAAAGGAAUUUGCCCCAUUCAGUUUCACAGAAGCUCUAAGAAAACUUUGUUUGGAAUCUAGUGUAUAUUAA